UCCACGCCACCUGCCGGCCGCGCGGCCUCUCGUGGGCGGCCGCCGCUUCUGGAGGGCGGAUCCGCAACCUGCUGGCCGCCCGGCAGCGCGCCGCCUCCGAGGGCAGGAUGUACACGCUGCUGUCGGGCCUGUACAAGUACAUGUUCCAGAAGGACGAGUACUGCAUCCUGAUCCUGGGCCUGGACAAUGCCGGCAAGACGACGUUCCUGGAGCAGUCAAAAACCCGCUUUCACAAGAACUACAAGGGGAUGAGUCUGUCCAAAAUCACCACCACCGUGGGUCUGAACAUUGGCACUGUGGACGUGGGAAAGGCUCGCCUCAUGUUUUGGGACUUAGGGGGCCAGGAAGAGCUGCAGUCUCUGUGGGACAAGUACUACGCGGAGUGCCACGGUGUCAUCUAUGUCAUCGAUUCCACAGAUGAGGAGAGGCUGUCCGAGUCCAAGCGAGCGUUCGAGAAGAUGGUCACGAGUGAGGCGCUGGACGGAGUCCCCAUCCUGGUGCUGGCCAACAAGCAGGACGUCGAGACUUGCCUCUCCAUCCCCGACAUCAAGACUGCGUUCAGCGAUUGCACCUCCAAGAUCGGCAGGCGCGACUGCCUGACCCAGGCCUGCUCGGCCCUCACUGGCAAAGGGGUUCGCGAGGGCAUCGAGUGGAUGGUGAAGUGCGUCGUGCGGAAUGUGCACCGGCCGCCGCGGCAGAGGGACAUCACGUAGGCAUGGCUGGUGCCCGCUGAUGCCCACAGCUCACCCCUGAGUGCCCGAGGAGCGCUCCUGCCGGCUCCGAGCCGCCAGGCCUGGGGGUCGGGUUUGCUUUGCUCUUGGUUUUUUCAGUUGCUUUGUUUUUUCUUUAAGACAAAUGUUUCCCUGUGUCCGUAAAAGUGUAGGCAUGCAGGGGCUUCUGCUGAGGGGAGUCGGGGCAGCCGGGCCAGGCUGGGUGCCACACAGAUGCCAUCACGGGACCCCCACAGGACCCUGCCCAGCCUGCUGGUGUUGGCAGGCCACCUGGCCCUCUGGAGCUGCCGCGCCAGCAGUCCGGCCUGCCUGGCCCAGGGGGCUGAAGGGCACCUGUCUGGAAAUGAGGUUCUCCAGAGCUGCUCUGUGCCGCUCACCCAUGGAGGAGGCUGGUGGGGUCAAGUGUGUCCUCAGUCUCUGUCUGUGGGCCUGGAGAUGGGGUGGGGGCUGGUGUCAUCUUGCAGGAGACCUGGCCCACUUUGCUGAAGGCCAGCAGGGCCCUGGGUUCUGAUGCCUCAGACCAGGGGAUGGACAUCUGCCUGGGAGGCCCCGUGUCCUCUUCCACUGGCCUAACGUCCAGUCAGGGAGGGAGUGGGUGUUCCCUCUGUGUCUGCUGCUGGUCCAGAACAGCCAGCUGCCAGUGGGGGGCAGGGGGUGCACCAGUGAGGGUGUUAGGAACGUGGGCUGGGUUCCUGUGGAGCCCAGGCCUGUGGUGGGAUGGGCCUUAUUUCUACGUUGGGGGUGAGGGGUGGGGUCCCUGUCAGGUCUGGGGACAGGCUGCCUAGAAACCCGUUUCCGGGUCUGUGCCUGGAAACGCCCUCCAGCCGAGGCUGGUCCAUGGGACCCUCACCACGUGGCCCCUGUGGGAGCUGGCAAGACCCACCGGGCGUGGGCCUGGCCUUGGGCAGGAGGCUGACUGGCUAGUGCUGGCUCGAGUGUGCCAGAACAGUGGUGGUCUGAGUCACUGCUGUUUAUUGUCCCUCCAGAAACCCAGGACUGGGCGGGGGGCUCCCAGGCUGGACUCGGGGCCUGUCUGGCACCACCUUCCUGCUUCUGUGGAAGUGGUUGAGCCAGAGCCAGAACCCUGGUCCCACCAGACUGCCCUCCCUCUGUGGCGGGGGCCUGGGCGGGCUGAGUCAGGGCUGGGAGUGGGGAUGCAGGUGAGGUGACUCAUGGGGAGUCAUGGGCUGUGGGGUUCCCCCGCUGCCCCCACACCGGGACCCAUCAUGGGGAUCAGGCGCCAGGCUCCCGGGCUCACCAGGAGGGCUGGGAGUCCCCCGGGUUGCUCUGGAGCAGCCCAGCCCUCAUCUGAGCCUUCCUGAGGGGAAAAGCCUGGUUUCCCAGAAAGCACGCAGGAUGCACCCGGCCUAGGGGAGGGCCUUGGCUUGUCCCCUCCUGGGAAGUCCCCUGUUUGCAGUAACUGGGUGGAGCUCAAACGGAGAGGCAAGGUGAGAGGCCAGGUUGGUGCUGGCCAGUCCAUGCUGGGCCCUGUUCCACAGUGAGAGCUCCCAGACUGGGCAGGGCCCUCCUCGGCACAGGCCCCACACAGCUGUCCUAGCCACAGAACGUGUCUUAGGGGGCCUGGGGCGAGCCUCAGGGAUCUCCACUGCGCCCACGCCAGUAGGGAUGCACCUGUCACCCGCUGGUCCCUCCCAUCUAGGGUCUAUCCCACUUGGGGUGCCCAGCAGCCAGAGGAAGCAUGGGGAGCUGGAGAGCCCAUGGCAGGUGUUUCCCACCAGAUGUGCCCGCCAUGCACUUGGUAGACACGGCGCAAAGUUCGAUACAAUCCAUUAUAUAGAAACAGCUUUAUAAAAAAAAAAAAUAAACUUUGUUACUGCAACGGGACCCCAGUUGGUUGAGCUUACUUUUUAGUGAGCCAUUUUGUGGGGGGGCAGGAAUGCCCAUGUGAGGCCACAGUUUGGGAA